AUGGGCCGACCGAGCAACAAAACGAAAACCUCCGCCAACAAAGAGCCAGACCCAACCGGUGCCCUCUCCUUCAUCCCGCCCACUAUCAACCCUACUCCCCUCCUCCACGGACAAUCAUACACAGUCUACUCCCCAUGUCCACAGUCAAUCCAACCCAUCGACCCAACAGCCAUAACGACCAAUGACUCCAAAAAACCCACAGAAUGCGUCUUGGGCGUCGACGAAGCCGGCCGCGGUCCUGUACUCGGUCCUAUGGUCUACAGCGCAUUCUAUCUCCCCAAACACCUCGAACAACCACUCCUGACGCAAGAGCACAGUUUCGACGAUAGUAAAGUUCUGACUCCCGUCGUGCGCGCGCGAUUAAUGCAGUCGAUAUGUACACCUGGCGCGUCGUUACAUGAUUCGUGUGGCUGGGCUGUGAAAUUACUUUCUGCACGAGAUAUUUCCGCCGGCAUGAUGCGUCCGGGCAUGAACACCUACAAUCUGAAUGCGCAGGCGAUGGAUGCCACGAUCGAGAUUAUACGGGGGGUAUUAAACGAGAAGCAUAUCAACGUGACGGAAGUGUAUAUUGAUACCAUCGGAAACCCAGCGACGUAUCAGGCAAAGUUACAGAAAUUGUUUCCCACGAUAAGUAUAACGGUUGCGAAGAAGGCGGAUUCAUUGUAUCCGUGUGUAAGUGCGGCGAGUGUCGUGGCCAAGGUGACGAGGGACGUUGCACUGGAGACCUGCUACGAGUCCUCCUACCGAGAGCCGAUACAGAAUGUCGAGGAGGAUACAGAUAUGAACGAACCAGAGACAAAAACAGAAGAACCAGGAUGGGGGAGCGGCUACCCCUCGGACGCGAAAUGCGUAAACUGGCUACGGCAAAAUAUGGAUUCUGUGUUCGGCUGGGGCAACGAGUGCAGAUUCAGCUGGGGUACUGCAAAGGAGAUGCUCGAGGGCAAGGAUUCAAUUAGAGUGGAUUGGCCUGCUGACGAAGAUGAGGGAGCUGGACUCGCUGAUUUUCUGUCGGGGCCGCAGAGGUCGACGAUGUCAGGGGGUAAUGAGGAUCUUGGGAAUUGGUAUGGGACAAGGGUUACUGCUUUUUGA